AUGGCACUUCCAUCCUCAUUUAAAGCUGCCGUGCUCCCCGAGGCUGGGGCCCAGCAUACGGUGGCCGACCGCUCGCUCGCUCCACUUGCACCCGACGAGAUCGCGGUCAAAGUGACGGCUACCGCAAUCAACCCUGUUGACUGGAAGAUCCGCGACUACCGCUUUCUCCUCACCGAGUUUCCCGCCGUGCUCGGCGUCGAGGCAGCUGGUGAAGUCAUCGCAGUCGGCUCGUCGGUGACCACGCACGCAGUCGGCGAGCGCGUGUCCUUCCAGGGCACCGCUGGCAACUACGACUCGUCGACAUUCCAACAGUACGCCAAGGUCCCGGCAAAGCUGGCUGCCAAGACGCCCAAGAACGUGUCGGAUGAGCAGGCCGCCACCUUCUGGGGCGGAGGCUUCGCUGUCGCGACUGGUCUGUACCACAACACGGGUCUCUCGCUCGCCGCUCCGUGGGACAAGGACGGCACGUCUGCAGGCAAGGGCAAGACCGCCAUCAUCCUCGGCGGCUCGUCUUCCGUCGGCCAAUACGUCAUUCAAUUCGCAAAACUCUCAGGGUUCGACCACAUUAUCACCUCCUCCAGCCCUUCGCACUUCGAUUACCUCAAAGCCCUCGGCGCCGACAUCGUCCUUGACCGCUCCGUCGCCACCUCGGCUUCAGACUUCACCUCUCACAUCCCUGCCAACUCCCCUGCGGACUGGGUAUACGAUUCGAUCGCCUCUCCUUCCACUCAGCUCCUCGCCGUCGAAAUCCUCCAGUCCCUCCAAGGCGGCAAAGCGAUCCUCGUCCUUCCCGCUGACGAAAAGGCCUCCGCGCAGUCUGAGGUACAGGGUAAACCAAAGGUAGAGGUGAUCUCGAUUAGAAGUUUUGGCAGUGCGCCCGAAUACCGCUACGUCUCGGAACCCUUGGCGUCCCAUCUCGGCGGUGAGAACGGCUACAUCGCAACGGGCAAGAUCUCCCUCAACAGGGUGCACUUGAUCGAAGGAGGGUUGAAGAACAUCGAGCAAGCGCUUAAAGCUAACAAGGACGGCGUGAGCGGCGUCAAGGUCGUCAUUCGUCCUAACGAGGCCUAG